CAAAUCUAAAAUGCUUUUUGAGUUCAACUAAAGUUUGCAUUUAUUUUUGAGAAAGACAUCAACGCUUCUCCACUCACUUAUCUCAUCCCUAUCUUUUAUAUCAAUCUAUGUAUCUCUCAGUUCACUCUCAAUGCUCCGGGAGUUUAGCCAUACUAUACCAUACCAUUUGUGAAGCUUUCAAUGAGAACCAUACCAUAGGAUUGUAAUACAGUUGUAGAUAGUUAUCAGAUAUAUAAUCGUAAUUUCAUUUAAAAUCAAUCUUUAUAUCAUUUCUAUACCUACUCUAAGUUAUUCAAUACCUGAACACUGAACAAACAAAACAGUAUUAACUUUUUCUGUGACAACAAACAAACAAAAAAAGAAAGAAAAAGUGUUACUUUGCGUAAAACAAUCCGAUCUCUUAUAUUAUCCAAAGUUUUUUGUUUUAUUUAAACGAAUCACUAAUUGCUUUGAGACGGACAACCAAACACUUGGAGAUUAUGUAUGACAACCAUAACCGUCACAAUCUUCAAGCCCUACAACACGGGUCGACUCCAGACUUGGCUUUCAGUCAUCAGAUUGUAAAUCAGCCGUUGAUAUCGUCAACAGCUCAUCCAACAAAUGCUAACAACACUUCCUCACAAAUGAAUCCAUACUAUAAUACAAAUAAUCUCUUAAGAUUUGGUUCAUUACCACAGUUGGACAGAAAUACUGCUUUAUUUGGUUACCAAAACUAUAUGGGCGUCGGUGUGAACAACCAGUGGAUCAAUUCAUAUGAAAACUCAUUAUCCAAUCUAAAUGAUUUGACACUUAAUAUAAUGAGUGCUUCGGUGGUCAACUCAUCUGACGCUCGAAAGCAGCGCCGAAGUCGUACAGCAUUUACACACAAUCAGUUGGCGGCACUCGAGUCCACAUUUAGUCGAACCCAAUAUCCGGAUGUAUCGACUCGGGAACGGUUAGCACUGUUAACUCAUUUACCCGAAGCCAGGAUUCAGGUGUGGUUUAAGAAUAGACGAGCAAAGUAUAGGAAAACUAUGAAAGGAAUCGGCGUUAAUGUCAGUGAUUAUAAAACAGAGAAAAACUCAUCCAAUGGUCACAACAAUGGACUCGAUAUCAAAAGUGAUCCGUUGUUUGAACAGAAAAAUGAAAAAUUCUUAAAAGAAGAAGAAGAAGAACUAGUUGUCGCCGACGAUCCACUAAUACAUCCAUUGGAGAGAAGCGAUGAGUUUAAUGAUAAACGAAAUUCAAAUGACAACACGUAUGGCAUACCAUCGCUAAUGUGGUCACAACUGUUGUCAUCGAAGAUGAUCUCUAAUCCACUUAACAUUCCUCGACAACAACUAUGGUUACCAACAGUUCAGUCAACUGAUAGAAAAUUAAAAUAAUUAUUUCCAUAAAUUUGUUAAAAGUUUUUUCUAGUAUUUAAGUUUUCACUUAAUUUAUAAGUAUUUAUAGAGUAUAUAAUUUUUUCGCCC